CCAGAACUGAAGUAACGAGCUGUGUAGUCUCAGUCGUGAGCGGACCGCCCGCCCAGAGAGAGGUCACACUAUACCGGUAAUGCUGUGGAAAGAAAAAUAAUGCCAUCGAGUGAUUUAAAAUUAAGUUCGGUAUGGAAGUCCUGAAAGCCCUCGACCGUCUGGUAAUCCGUGAGAGGAGUGACAGUUCGAGUAGCCGGUACGUGGUGCUGACGAGUGAGGGUGUGCCGGUGAUGCAGGCCAGGGAGAACACGGGUCUGCUGCACCAGGUGCUGGCCGGCAGGAGCAGGGCCUUCCACAUCGAUAUAUAUGAUAUGGAGCAGCAUGAGGUGAUAAAGCUCCGUCGCCCGUACAGCGUCAGCUCGGACAAGAUGGACGUGUGUGUGUGUGGAGAGACGGUUGCCGUGGUCAGGAAGGAGGUGACCUUCCUGAAGCCGGUGCUGGUCAUCAAUGACUCAUCAGACAGGAACGUCAUACGAGUCAAGGGCCCAGUCUCUAUAACAGAUGACUGCCACUUCGAGCUGUUUACAGCUGACAAGAAGACCCUGGGCGACAUCAGCCGCAGGUGCCGACGUGUCGGGGCCGAGCGCGACCUGUUUACAAUCAACUUCCCUCUUCAGCUGGAUCCUCGGUACAAGGCUGCCGUCAUUGGGACCUGCUUCCUCAUUAAUUUCUUGUUCUAUGAGAAUUGAAGAAGGUUCUGGACUCCGCAGUCUUAAUGUUAAAACACUCCUGUGAUUGGCUUACUGUUAUGAAAGUUCUCUUAUUUUGCUUAUUAGAAGAGGAUCCUGUUUCUUUAUUAUAAUUUCACAAACUUGUUAAGUUAUUAAAAAGAUGAUUUUCAAAGUGAAUUCUUAUUAUUAAAAUCAGCGCCAUCUAGUGUUGAGAAGCAAAACCUCAAAGAACUCAUUUGUAGUUUCUAAUUUUAAUAUACAUUGAUAGAUGUCAGUUUACACAAUGUAAUGUAUGUUUUUUUUUAUCAUUCAAUGUAUUUAGAGUUACUUAAUUUGUCAUGUUUCAUUUUAAUCCUUUAAUAAGUAUAGUUUUUAGUAAACCAUUAUAAAUAGUUUUUCUUUCAUAGAAGUUUUUUGAAUUUAUUAUCAGUGUUUGACAAAACAUUGCUAUCGAUCUUCAAAUACAUUCUUCACGAAAAUUUA